AUGGAUCAGUUAAGGGAUGAUCUUUUCCAGAUGAGAACUCAGGUUAAUGCUCAGAUGGCUCAGUUCAUGGAAGUCAUGCAAGGCAUGGCUGACCACCAAGAAGAGCUCAGAAUCAGGAUGGACACAGUUGCUCAGGUUGUUGCGGACCCCCCGCAAAGAAAUUCUGCUGAUAUUCGUGUCAAUGGUGAACCUGUGAAUGGAGGACCUGGUGUAAUUCCUCCUGCUUCUAAUCAAGGUAAUCCCCGUGGGCCUCCCCAGCCUACUCCUGAAGGACAAACCACACAACAAAUCAGAAGGGCUGCUGCUAUCCCCGUGUUGGAAGAGGAUCGACACGAAGACUUGUUUCCUGAAAGUGAAUGGGGACUUCCACAUGAUGCUGGAAGGAUUUUUAGAGGUCUGGAGGAAAGGAUGAGGGUAAUGGAAGGCCAAGGACUUGGUAUGGACAUCAGUGAUUUGGGAUUAGUUCCUGGCGUCCAUGUGCCACCGAAGUUCAAGGUACCUGAUUUUGAGAAAUACAAGGGGAAUACUUGUCCUAAGACACAUGUCCGAGCUUACUAUCGCAAAAUGCAUUUACAGAACCUAUCCCAGAAGACUAAUGAGUCCUUCAAGGAAUAUGCGCAGAAAUGGCGCGAGUUGGCGGCUAGAGUCCAACCACCUAUGCUGGAAAGAGAGAUGAUGGAUAUGUUCACCAAUACUUUGGAAGACCAAUAUUACUCCGCCUGCUCUGCAUCCUCGAGCUUCGCCGAGUUGGUCAUGAUCGGUGAACGUAUUGAAAGUGGGAUUAAGGCUGGUAGAAUACAGAAUCCAAGUGUUGCUAGAUCCUCCUCUGGGGCAGGGGGGAAGAAACCAUAUAACGGAUUUUCUAAGAAAAGAGAGGGUGAAACAAGUGCUGCUUACUAUGGUAAAGGCAAAGGCCAUGCUUAUCAACAAGUAGCCGCUAUGACCAUACCGAAUGCUCCUCUUCAACAACAACAACAACAACAACAGCAGAGGUAUCCUCCGCGUCAGUAUCAGCAAAAGCCGAGAGCACCAAGAAAUUUUGAUCCCAUACCUAUGACAUAUGCACAACUACUUGCUCAUAUUUUACAUCGUGAGUUGGUGCAACUUCGUACCAUGGGCCCUCCACCUGCUAAGCUCCCUCCUAACUAUGAUGCUAAUGCUCACUGUGAUUUUCAUUCCGGGGCUGCUGGUCAUGAUAUUGAACAUUGCAUUGGAUUCAUGCAUAAAGUACAAGAUCUGAUUGAUUCAAAGGCUAUUGAGUUCACCCCUACUCAAGGGCCUAACGUUGUUCAGAACCCUAUGCCUCCCCAUGGAACUCAUGCUGCAAAUGCCAUCGAGGUUGUUGAAGACGCUCGCUUGGUCAAGGAUGUGACCGAAUUGGGCUCUCUGUUGCCAUUAUUGAAGAUAGAAUUAUUGAGGAUGGGUCUAUACUCUGGUUGUGGAGAAUUAUGUACUGAUUGCAUGGCCAUUUCCUCAGUUUGUGACAAGGUGAAAAGUGGGAUUCAACAGUUGAUAGAUAAUGGGUAUCUACAGUUUGAGCAUGUGCGACAUCCUGAAUUAGUCAAGAAUGAGGUCAAUGUGGUAUCCAUCCCGUAUACUCCUGCUAAGAUUCCAGUUCCUGCCAGAGCACCGCCUUUGGUCAUUACAUUGCCUGGUCCCGUCCCGUAUACUAGUGAAAGAGCAAUCCCAUGGAAUUAUGGGGCAGAAGUUUUCUACCAAGGGACCAAGCAUGAGAUCGAAAUUCCAGUUGAGAAAAAAGAUGUGGACAAUGUUGUUGGCAUUGGGCGGCUGACAAGGAGUGGUCGUAUUUUCAAUCCUCCCCAGAAUACUCGCGAUGAUAAUAUAGAAGCUCUAGCUCAAGCAAAAGGGAAAAGAGUGGUAGAAGAUACAGUGGAUCAGGGGCAAAGCUCUAACUCUGAAGACACUGUGGCCAAAGAGAUGGAAGAGUUCCUAAAGAUCAUCAAGAAAAGUGAGUAUAAAGUGGUUGACCAACUGAGUCAAACUCAAUCAAAGAUUUCGAUUUUGCAGUUGCUCUUGUGUUCGGAGACACAUCGAAAUGCUUUGUUGAGACUUCUAAGUGCUGCCUUCGUCCCUCCGGAAAUCUCAGUGAAUCAACUUGAAGGAGUGGUGUCAAACAUCAAUGCUGGUAAUGGAUUGGGAUUCACCGAUGCAGACUUGCCUUCUGAAGGUAGAAACCACAAUAGAGCUUUGCAUAUAUCAGUGGAGUGUAAAGGGACUAUGUUAUCACGUGUUCUCGUGGAUACUGGAUCUUCUUUGAAUGUAUUACCGAAAUCGUCUUUGAUGAGGCUAGAUUAUUCUGGCGUUGAGAUAAGGCCGAGUGAAUUGACGUUGUCUCCUAGGACGCCCAUGGAUCCAUGCUGCUGGGGCCGUGACUUCCAUAUUGCAUCAGAAACUCAAAUUCGCGACUCAAGGAAAGAUAGUCACAAUAUGUGGGGAGGAAGAAUACGUGGUAAGCCAUCUUGCGUCCUUCAGUUGAAGGCUCCCAUGUCUUCACUAAAGGAAGCUAAAGGUGUGGUUGAAUCUGGUCAUCCUGAAGGAUGGGGCCGAGUCUUGGAUUUACCAAUCAAGCAGGAUAAAUGUGGGAUUGGAUAUCAGUUGGGUCAGAGUUCAUCUAAUGAGGCCCCCAAGAAGCCCGGAACCUUCGUUCCGAUCAAGUUCUCUAGUGCUGGCAUCGUCAAAUAUCAUAUCUGUGCUGCUGAUGAUGAUAUGGAUAGCGAUUAUGACAUUGAAGAAUGGAUCAAGCCGUGUGUCCCAAGACAGAAGCUUCUCAACUGGUCGUCCGAGGACAUCAUCUCAAUUGCUUUUGAUCAAGAGUAA